AAUGGCUGCAGUGGAAGACAAAACUGAAGUUCAGGCUGCAGAAAGCGAAAAAACAGCAGAAGACCUCAAGUCUCAGGACAAAUCAACCUCUCAAACAAACCCUAAAGAAGGUGAUUCUGAAGCCUCAAAAGAUGAAGGACAGGAACAAAACACAAAUGGACACAGCAAAGAGGAAGCCAAGUCGGAAACUGAGCCAAAAACAGACAGCAGUAAUACUGCACUGGGAACCACAGUUGCAAAGCACUACAAUGAACACCCUGAAGGAACAAAGGAAAGCCGAAAGGAAAGCAGGAUCUUCCACAUGAGGAACUUCAAUAAUUGGAUCAAGAGUGUGAUGAUUAAUGAGUUUCUUCAGAAGAUUAAAAAAUAUAACUAUAGAAACAUUCAUGUUUUGGAUCUGUGUUGUGGUAAGGGAGGUGACCUCCUCAAAUGGCAAAGGGGAAGAAUCAGGAAGCUUGUCUGUGCUGACAUUGCAAAAGUUUCUGUGGACCAGUGCGAAGAAAGAUACAAGGACAUGAAGAAGACUGCAGAAGAAAGAAGAUACAGAGAUCCUCUUUUUGAUACACAAUUUAUUGUAGCUGACUGCAGCAAGGAGAGGCUUGCUGACAUAUACACUGACGAGGAUCUAGUGUUUGAUCUCUGUAGUUGCCAGUUCUCUUACCAUUACUCCUUUGAAAGCUUUGAACAAGCUGACGUAAUGUUGAAAAAUGCUUGUGAGAAGCUGAAACCUGGUGGAUACUUCAUAGGAACCACACCCAAUGCAUAUGAACUAGUUAACAAACUAAAGAAGGCAGAAGGACUGGAAUUUGGUAAUGAUGUCUUUCAAAUAAAAUUUGAGAACAAGGAUGAGUUCCCCCUGUACGGAUGUAAAUAUGACUUUCAUCUUGAAGGCGUUGUCGAUUGUCCAGAGUUUUUGGUCUACUUUCCUCUAUUAGAGAAGAUGGCCAAGAACUAUGGCAUGAAGCUAGUCUAUGUAAAGACUUUUCAUGACUUUUUCCAAGAACAUAGUAAAGACAAUAUGGGCUUGUUAUCCAGGAUGAAUGCUCUUGAGUCCUACCCUCCGAAACGUGAUGGUGACACUCAAGCCUCCUCCUCAGAAGAAUCAUAUUCUCAUGCUAAAGACUUCUUAGAGGGUUUGCAGUCUGGGAAAACAGAGUCGUCUACAAGCAAAUACAGAGAUCACAGAGAGAGAAGCCAGAAACAUGUGGGUACAUUAUCCAAGGAAGAAUGGGAGGCUGCUGGAAUGUACAUCGCUUUUGCUUUUGUUAAAGUGGACAACGUUAAUGAUUCAGCUCCUGCACACACAAAAACAGCUGAAGCAUCUACAGCACCAACAACAACACCUGCAGCCGAGAAGGAAGAUGCUAAGGAAAAUGAAGCAGAAAGCUCAUCUCCAAUGGAAACUGCUGGAGAACCAAUAGAGAAAAAACACAAAGAGGAUACAGUUGAAGAAACAACAGAUGAGUCUCUUUCAGCACCUACGAUGACAACAGCUGCUGCAGAGAAAGAAGAUGGAGCAGACAUCUCAUCUGCAAUGGAAACUGCCAGAGAAUCAAGGAAGAGAAAAUAUAAAGAGGAUACAGUUGAAGAAACAACAGACGAGCCUUCUUCAAAGAAAAAAGGGGAAGAUGAAGCUGGAGCUGAGUGAACUUUUGCUACUUACACUCAUUUUCAAUUGGCAAUUCCAAGGCUGAGGAAAUCCCUGGGUUGAGUUGGCAUUACAGUGUAUUGUGGGACUGGUUAAUAGGAUAUUUAUUCAAGGUGUCAUCUAUGUUGUCCCCUAAAACAGUCCUAUAGUGCACGGUAAUACAAACUUAACUUAGCCUUGGAAUGGCUAAUUAACACAUGCAGUAUCUUUGUCAUGGCAAAGUAGGGUUUGGUGGAUGUCAAUCAAAGUAUUUCAGUGGCAUCUUCGAGAAAUACAAAAUCAAAUUUCAAAGGCACAUGCAAAUGUAAUGGGCUUUUCUUAUUCAGCAGCCAUGACUAAAAAUCAUGUUUUCCUCUGUGUACCUCCACAUUUAAGCACAAGAAAGGCACAUACUCAGUGAAAACAUUAGUUACAACUGCAUAUGUUAUUCAAAAUGAAUGUAAUUGUAAGAUUUCUACUUUUACCAGAAGUCAAAAUCUUGGUAAAAAAAACCCCAGCGUUUUCAUGUAGUCCUAUGAAAAAUAAACUCACUCUCAGUCACUCAUGUCACAGCAGUUCGUUACUGGUUUCCCCAGUAUAGCUAUUAUGAGAGCCAAAGAACUAUUUGGCUUUGUAAAAAAAGUUAAUGUUUAGUGUUUACUUAGAAAAUUAGUCUUCUAGUCUUCUAUGCAGCUGCUAUUUGUGUCGUCACAUAAUGCUCAAUCCCUUUAGGGAGAGAGAGCAUUGCGUGUCAACACUAAAAGUGACUGCAUAGGAGACUAGGAGGAAACUCAAGUCUCUUGAACUUUGCUUCAAAAAAAUCUCACCCUCAUGGUCUGAAUUGGUCCCAGUAGGGAAAAUGUUAGGCCAUUCUUAAUUUCUCUAUUUUAAAUUCCUUUUGAUCAUUGGGAUAAAUCAGUAGCAGUUCUGAAAGUUUAUAUAUUUUCUCUUUUUUUAUUGGAAAAGCUAAUUGCUUCAACUUUAUGAAUUUUUAAACGAAAUUUUGGGACUUGGGGGUUAUUGUAUUUGCCAGUUUAUCUUUGAAACAAGGUGCUCUUACAGCUACACUUUCUAUUUAGCUUGUUCACCUUAUAAAUAAACAUCUUUUUUUGUCAAUCAAUUUUGGAUUGCAGUCAUGAAACAACUUCAUAAAAAGCAUUUUUCGUUCCAUAGAACUCUAUUUAUAGACCACACUUUAAUUUAUAGGAAUAUGCAUGACCAUUCUCUAAUAGUCUCCUUCACAGCUCACUGUGCCAUCUUGAAAGGUAACAGUGCCUGUUCAUCAAAGUAAUAGUGCUGACAUUGCAGUGAUAGAGACAUGUGGAUAAUACAUUGAUCCCGGCUUACUUGAGUGCCAACCUAAACAAUGGGUAGUUUUCGCAAUAAGAUACAGAAUGUCCUACCAACAAACUCAAAUUCAUAAUUAUUUUUAGUAGUCAUCGAUUUUUUUCUUAAUGUAUCUGUAGAAUAAAUUGAUUCUAAGACCAGACAUUUACAAUUUACAGCAAUCAGUGUCUGUUCCAUGCUGUAGAUGGAAAACUCAUUUUAGCUUGUAGCAACAGUAACUAGGGAGGUAAAACAAUGAACGCAGGAUUGGUGUGUUGUCCAAGGUGUUUAAAAAGCUCUAUCAUUGCAAGGUCACUGCUGUCCUCGCUUUGAUGAAAAGACACAAGGAACUGUGAAGGAAGCUAUUAAACUAUUAUGACUCAUUCAAAUUCUAAUUCUGUUAUUAAAAGCUAUCUUUCCUUUUUUUGUUAGAGUACAAACACUAAAAGUGUGCAACACUUUGCACUAUUUCUUAGUAAAUAGUGCUAAUCAAACAAUAGAAAACAAUAGGAUUAGCAUAAUUUAGCAGUAUUUAGUGGUAUUUAUGUUACACACUUAUAGUGUUUGUACUCUACUUUACACACAUUCUUCAGCAAGAGAAUGCUUAACAUUAAUGCUUAAUCUUAACAUUAUUAGUUGGAUACAGUUGUGCCGUGUCGGGUCCAUUCAAGUUAAGGUUACAACACCAGGUUGUUACUAGUCUGUUUGAAUUUCAUAAACUGUUGCUACCACUAUUUACCCAUGCCAUGUCAAAAAGCAUAGACAUAAAGACUACAAGGGGGAUCCAUGGGGAGGGUAGGCAGGAUUUCACCCCCCUGUCACACCUGAGAUUUGAUUGAUUGCUUUUUAGUUUUUGCCACAGGUUUAUAGUAAAUUUUGUUUGAAGUAUA